ACAGAUUCGGGAGUGAAGAUGCUGCGUUCACGGGCCACAUCUAGGAGCCCUUCCCUUCCGACAAGGGGUCCGGAGUGAGUGACAUCCAGCCGGUUUCGGACACGGGUGGUCCGACACUCGCCGGGGGACGACCGCUGCUUGAACGCCGUGUCAUGACAUGCGCCCUCCGGGCUGAACAGCUGACAAAGACUCCGGACUCGGAACCACGUCUAGCCAAUUGAAUACUGCAGCCGUCACCGAAGAAAGGAUGCGUUCACUGACCGCGCAUGGCUGAGUGAUGGGGGAGAACAACAUCCAGUCAUCGUGAAAGGUAGCAGAUGUUUGCUGCUCUUCAAACGUAUGCUGCACGAUUUUGAAGACAACGCUGUGAAUAAGAAGCCUUCAGCACAUAUUUGUUAGGCCAUGGUGAAUAUUUAGGAAGUGACACCAUGGUCAUCUCGGAUAGAAACAGCAGCACUUCAGUGUCCAAGAGGGAGCCGCAGAAGGACAAAAAAAGGCGAGCGUCUCGUCCUCACGGCCUGCCCUCCCCGGCGCUGUGCUGUGCCUGCGGGCUGUGCAUCAUGUUGGCCGGACUCAACAUCACCCUGGUGGGGGUGUUCGCCUUCAGGACCCUGGUGCCUUCUGCCAACCCUUCCAUCGUCAUCGGACCAAUCCUCCUGCUGGUGGCCUUUUCCUUUUUUGGGGCCUGCUGCGUGUGCAGCCGCCUCCCGCCUUCUCACAGCUCGCGAGGCUCCAAAGUGGGAGGGCGGGGCAUGAAUCUGAUGGGGAAUGGCGGUCUGGCCGGGGCGGCGGCCUUCGAGAUAGAGACCAGCGAGCACACACUGCAGGACACCACCGCCGUGCAGCUCAGCCCCACGUCGUCCCCCGGGUCAUCGCGGGGGUACAGCCCUGAAAGAGAGGCUCCUGACGGGACAUGCAAGCUCUUCACUAUGGAGACUGAUGGCUCGUCUUCUGUCUCAACCAGAGCGGUCUACUCGGCCGCCACCGCCUCAGGAGGGGAGGUGAGGCUCAACCUGCCACGAGAAGAAGGUCUCACCUUGUCUGAGUACCAGAAGCAUACAUAACUUUGUCUUCACGCGCACUUUGUCUUCUGGUUAUUCUUAGUGGGGAUGGGCCUGAUAACACUGUUGUCAUGAAUUGAUUGUUAAUUCAUUGCAUCUUACAGCAAUUGAGGUCAAAUGGGUUGCACUACUUCUCUCCAAUCAGCAGGGGUGCUGUCGAUUCA